GGUACCGUACCUGGAACCUUGCAUAAGGCACCCCAGAUACCUGAAGAUACCUUAAGGUACCUUAUAUAUUACCUCCUUGUAAAGCCAAUUUCUACUCAACUUAUCAUCCUCUUGCUCACAGGAGAGGCCUGGACUACACUUACACGAUGGGAGAAGUCAUCCAACAGUUUGCAUCUCCCUCGUCUUGUUUCUAAGAACCUCGACGCCUUCAAUUCGCAGGAUUCCGCCCGCUCUCUCGAAGACAAUAAGCCCUGGAAGAUUAAACAACAACACGUGUCUCGCGCUUCGUAGCCUCCAUCACAAUGUCGGGCAAAAGCAACUCAUCACUGCAUUUAUACUCCCCGGAUGCGGCUUUGGUCCGUGGCCGCGAUGCCUACGCAUCGGGACGACACAAGAAGGCCAUCGAAUACUUCACCUCCAUCAUCAACUCGUGCGACUGCAACCGCCGCGACCGCCCCAGGAUGUGCCGCUGCAAGGACUUUGAGAGGGUUGCCCAGGCAGGGACCUCUAUUUUCCACGAGGCCAUGUAUAACUGCAGGUGCAAUGUGUCUUUGAAGUGGGACAAGUGUCAUGAUCCCUAUCACAUUCGUGCCCUCGACUACCGCGCUGCCGUCUUCGAAAAGGAAGACCUCCACCUUGCCAAACGAGAUGCUGAGUGGCUUUUACAGACAGCUCCUCGUGCCCUCGAGGGUUACCUUCGUCUGGGGAAGAUCUACCGAAUGGAGAAGAAGCCCAAAGUCGCCCUGGCCAUCUGGAAUGCUGGUAUUGAAGUCGGUCGCAAGGAAGGCCUUGGAGGCAGCCGGAAGAUCAAGCAACUUUAUGAAGUGAGGCAGCCGUUGCGAAUGCACUAUGUCCGAGUGGAUCCCAUGACACUCCCUGUCGAACUGGUUGAACAUAUCUUCUCUUACUUCCAACUCACAGACCUCUGCCGUGUCCAAGGCGUGUGCAAGCGAUGGGACUACUUCUUCGACUCUCGACCAUGCAUCUGGAAACACAUCGAGUUCCCCGCCGGAUUAAAGAGAGCACCUCCCUCAUCCUGGACCAAGACGCUGGCCAACAGGAUGCGCGGCGCUGCCAAAAGCCUAGUCAUACCGAGUCCCGUCCAGGAGAGGCUCCGAGAGACCCAGUGGCUUCAACUUGCCGAUGCCGCGAAACAGGCGAGGCGCCUGGAGUUGGACUUCCGCCACGGGCCCAUGCCAAAGCUGCCAUCCAAUCGCCAGUUCCCCAGUCGGCUCUCGUCGCUGAAAAUCAUCUUCUCCGAGAGUAGGGGUCCUCGUUAUUUCGACCUGUUCCUGGACCAGGAAGAGAACGACUUCUUGCGUGGCAUCCUUGAACGCUGCAACUACAACCUCGAAUCCCUCUGGCUGGGACAUGCGCGAGUACCAUGGUUGUUCCAGGACCUGCCCCCGGCUCUGCCCCGGCUCAGGUAUCUACGUAUAAGUCGAAAACAAGACGCUUCUCUUAUCUCCCUGCCUUCAUUAGCUGCCGCCACCCCUCGUCUUGAGCAGCUCUACCUGGACGGGCCUUGCUCUAUCGAAUGCACCCUCGACGAAACUCCUUCAUGUCCAGGCGCAUGGUCCGAUUUGAGGGUGGUCAUAGCCGAAUGUGAGGUAUCCUCCUGGUUUGAUUUAGGGUGGGCGAGCAACAGCCCAAUGAACCCCGAAAAAAUCCGCGUGCUCGAAUCUCGCUCCGGCAUGUUGGGAUUCAGGGACGGUCUCGGCAUGACUGUAGGCGCCCUCAGCAGCGUUGGCCAGUUUCUCCGGAAGUCUAUGGAUUCCCUGGAGCGGUAUUGGCUCGAGGCGGCGACCCCCGAUUUCCUUUCGCAGGAGAGGCUUCAGGAUCCCCUCGUCACCGGCAAGCUCUACGAACUGGGACUUGCCUUCCCCGACACUGAUCGUGACGACACCAUGUGGGGAGAAGAUCCUCUCCCGGCCCAGGCCUUUCUCCAAAGGCUUCCGUGGUUAUACGGUGGGCCAGGCGUCCGGAUGCUUGGCCUCUUCGACUUCAACCUCGACUCCGGGCUCACCAUACCCGACUCCCUCCAGCCUCCCGGAGAGGAUCGCCCCAAAGUCGAAAAAGAUCAGGCCGCCGUUCUCGUCGCCUUUAUUGAGUCUUUUCCGCGGUUGGAGACCCUGGUGCUUGGAUCCAAGUUCUGCGAGGCCAGGGAGGUCGCCGCCCUGACCGAGGCCGUGGUUAAUCGGGGUAAGAUCAAAAAAAUCUACCUGCGGGGCGUGACAGGCCAGUUGUUUCUCGAUAUCCGGGAACUGGCCGCCAUGAAGGGAGCCGAGGUCAUGGUUUGGCAGCGCAAAAUUCCUUGGCCUUACCCGCUUAAGCCGCAUCCCGAUGGCCUCUAAUGACGAAAGGGGGGA